ACGAAUCUCAAAUCCCUACCCGUUGCAGUCCUUCGUAUUCUGGCGCGUACUUGUGUAAUUCGUAGGACAUAUUGCGUUAUAAGAAUUACAUUUUUAUUGUAAUAAACAGAAUAUAUUGGUCAAACCGGAUCCUGAAACUACGUUUCAACAAACAAGCAAUAACGAUAUAGGUGAGCUCAGCCACUUGCGCUAAUAUUACUAAAUAUUUCAAGCUUAACUGAAUAUGCAAGUAAUUUAUUCUUAUAUGACUGAAGAUAUUUCAGGAAAACAAAAAAUUACCGAAACAAAAAAUAACAUAGGUGAACAGGAUCAGUCAAUGUCUAAAAGUGCUCGAAAGAGAUUGUACACUUUGAAGGUGAAAAUCGCCCACAAUAUACCACCACAACACAGUGGUAAUUGUCAAUUAAUUUCAAGACCCUUAACAGGGUUUGAUCGAAUGUUGUUUUUACAACAUUCUUCGUUAAAGAAAGGUGCUUUUUCUCCUGACGAGGACAGAAUUAUCAAAAAUAACUGGAGAACAUUCUGUGAAGUUCAUGAUUGGGAUCCUAAAAUUGUAAAACCAUUUAUUUGCAUGAGACAUGGUGAUAAAUAUUAUAUUAAAGGGAAAGAAGAACGUCGAAAAUUUGUUCAAUAUUUAGCAAAUGGAUUACAUACUCGUCCAUUGAACAGUGUCUUCGGGAGGUUUAAAAUUUUGUUCGGGGAACCUAAACAACGUUUUAAACGGUACACUUCAAUAGAAGACGAAACAAUUUUAUCGUAUAUGAAAGAGAAUAGUAACCGGGGAGGAAAUAAUCAUUUUUCUAAAUUAGCCGAAAUAUUAGGUCGUGAGAGGCACUCGGUAUGGCGACGUUAUCACAAACUUAAAAAUAUGGAGAAUAUUAAAACAAAGAAACCAUUAUCAGAAGUAGAGUGGACAUUUCAGUUAACCGUUAAAUUUGUUCAAACUUUGAUGGAUGUAAUGUUAUGUGAAAAAAUAGAAAAAUUGAAAGAUGCUGUCGUUCCAAAAUCAAUUUGGAUAAAGUUAGAAAACAAAUUAAACAUAAACUUUAAAACGUUAAAAAGUUUUUGGAUUAAUCAGUUGCAUAUGGAAUUAUUUUGUCCAGAAUCCAUUGACGUACAUGAUAUUGAAAUAAAAUUAAUUAAACACAUAUAUGAAGAAAAAAUUUCAAGCACUAAAAAAAUAGUAUGGAAUAAUGUUGCAAAACAUUUUGAUGGAUUUACUCCCGUCUUUUUAUGCACAUUGUUUGAGUGCCUUGAACGUAAAGUCAGUGAAAAGAUAAACAGUACAAAGUUUUCUGAUAUAAUAGAAUACAUGUAUUAUCAUGAAGUUCUUGAUUUGCAAAACAGCUUAAAUGAUACAUUUGUUCUAAGGUUAUCUGAUGACAGUCAGAACGCUACGAUUACAGAUGAAGAUAUAAACGAUAAAAUUUAAAAAAUGAAAAUAUUUAAUAGAGUAGGCCUCUCACGUUUUGGCUGAUUACGCACAAGUUGAAUCACAGGGUCAGCGCGAUUCCUCCACACGCAAUGCUCGAGUCUGCCUCUAUUUCGACACAUUGCUGCUACUGAUCGAGCCGUGGGACGAAGAACGCGAUCAGAAAAGAAUACGACAAGUAACGAUCCUUGAGGUCGGAUUUUGUUUCGUCGCGGCAGCGGCUUCUUACAUUUACGAAAUCUUAGGGACGCGAAUAACGUGACCAUUUAUUGUUUUCUUCAAAACGGAACAUUUACUAAUUUUUAGGUAAUUGUGUGGGGAAACUUAAUUUUCAAGUCUGAAUAUCUUUUAAUUUUUUUUUUAAUUUUUAAUUUUUCACAUGGGCUUAUCGAAGGCGUGUAUGUGUGCACUUCGGAAUCGGCAUUUUUAUUUUUGUUUUUAUUCCCGUCGCGU